AUGAAUACUAAAAUUAUAAUAUUGGUCUUCUGCUCGAGUUUUAUAAAUAUUAUUUAUACAACAGAAAUAAAAGCAAAUAAAACACUUGAAAGUCUAUGCGACACAGUGUCUACCAAUAACAGUCUUCAGUACAAAAGCAAUCAAAGAAGAGAUACUAUCAUCGAACAAGAAUCAUCCCGUUCAAAAGUGGAUGAUCAAUAUAUUGUAGAAGAACAACAUGAAUCUAGCAAUGAAAAUGUUCACCAAAGCAAUAGCAACUUGGGUAAAGUUAUAAGACUUCCUGGUAGAACCAUUCGUAAUGGUAGAGGGAUCCGUGGCAGUAGUAGUAAUAACGGAGGUGUAAACCGUCCAACUACUUCUGUUAUACGAUUUCGUAAUACUCGUACAGGUGCAUCGAUUUCUCGUCCAAAUGGAUGGUUAUGGAGUCGAUCUCGAUUGGUAUUUCUUCCAUUGGCUACACUAUAUUUUCAUCGUUCUCGCUCAGCAAGUAAUAGAUACACAACACCACCUUCUACGCCACUCACUUAUUAUUAUUGUACAUCGAACGAUGGUUCUGUUGAAAUUCAAUGUAGUUCUAUGUAUGGUGAUACAUUAUGUUGUGAAGAUCAAACAAGUCAACAGCCAUUUUGUUGUGGCGGUGAUAUUCCAGAUGAUUUUGUCGAAGAUCCAAAUGGAGCAACGCGAAGACUAGCAAAAAUAUUUUACACCCUUACGGCGAUAACUUUGUGUAUCCAUUUGUUUCUAAGACGUCUUCGUCAAUAA